GAGACGGUAACGGACAGCGGCGGUGCGGACCACCGGAGCUUCCUGCUUCGUUCAAACACCACGAAGAAGAACAAAACAAACAUUUCACGGAUCUGUUUCCUCUAUAAUCAAACGCUCAGGUGUCUGGAUGGACUGACACCAACUGCAUGCGGCACAUUCUGAAAGGAACAUCCGUCUCCAGACCAGACCCUCGGCUCCGGCCCGGCCCUCCGCAAACAAUGAACUCCUCGCCGCACGGCUCCUCCUCUCGCGCCUCCAUCGACAUCCUGGAGGAACUCCAGCUGAUCGCUGCACAGAAUCUGGAAAAACUGGACAUCAACAAAUACUAUGAGGUCGUCUGUGAGCUGGGGAAGGGCACGUACGGGAAAGUGGACCUGGUCGUCCACAAAAUCAGAGGCACAAAAAUGGCCCUGAAGUUUCUUAGGAAGAAGACGACCAAACUGAAGAGCUUUCUGAGAGAGUACAGCAUCUCUCUGUACCUGUCGCCCUGCCCGUUCAUCAUCAACAUGUACGGCAUCGCCUUCGAGACAGACGAGUACUACAUCUUCGCUCAGGAGUACGCGCUGGCAGGAGACCUGUUUGACAUCAUCCCUCCACAGGUGGGACUCCCUGAGACGAUUGCAAAGCGCUGCGUCCACCAGGUGGCUAUCGCCCUGGACUACCUGCACUGCAAGAAGCUGGUCCACAGAGACAUCAAACCUGAGAACAUCCUUAUUUUUGACAAGGAGUGCCGUAAGGUCAAGCUGUCAGACUUUGGCAUGACGCGGCGCGCCGGCUCUCCUGUGAAGCGCGUGAGCGGCACGAUCCCCUACACGGCGCCUGAGCUGUGUGACACCUCACGGCAUGAUGGCUUCUGCGUGGACUACAGCACGGAUGUGUGGGCCUUUGGCGUGCUGCUCUUCUGCAUGCUUACAGGAAACUUCCCCUGGGAGAAGGCCAUGCCGAAUGACGCCUUCUACGAGGAGUUUGUGCGCUGGCAGCGCCGCCGGACGGGCACGGUGCCGUCACAGUGGCGCCGUUUCACAGAUGAAGCUCUGCGAAUGUUUCGUCGGCUCCUGUCCAUCGAGCAGGAGCGCCGCUGCUCUGUAAAAGAAGUCUUCAGCUACUUCAACCAGUGCUGGAUGUUGGACACGGAGAACGGGAACAGCGGCAGCUUGGCGAGUAGUGCGCCCCCUCUAGACAUCAGCUCGUCCUCCUCUGAAGAGGACAUAUUAGUGGACAGACUGAAGCAGCAGAGCUUGUCGCCUGCUUGUGUGAUGGCAAAGGGAAGCAUCAUGAUGGACACCCACUACUCCUCCAUGUCCACUAACAGCUCGCCAUCCUCCACCGGCAGCUAUGAUCGUGUCAACAGAGAAAACAACGAAAGAGGGCGAAUGCUGGUGGCGACGCCCAUCGAGAUCUGCGUGUAGAGGCGGCUGGCGCUGCGUUUCAGGCUACCUAAUCACACAAGUGAGGCUGGUGUAAGCUGAGGAAGAAGAUUUCUCCGAGUGACGAAGAGGAGAAAAGUGUGGCGACUGGUGUUUAGGCUCAGGAUCAACAGUCUGACAUGCGUUGCAGCUUCACUGCAGAUUUACUCAUUUCUGAUGAAGACGAGCUCUGAGGAAAUGAGCAGAGACGAUGACAAGCCUCCUGAAUGUGGUUGAUACCUCAGAAUGAACUCACUGGACGACCUCUAAAGAAAAGAAAAAGAAAAACAUUAAUAAUCCACAAGCAAUAUGUUCAAAUAUCUGAAAUAAUCCAGUAACUGCAAAAAUGAUCAGAAGAACGAGGCUUUCCGUAAGAUGAUCUGUUGACGGUACUAUUGUGUGUUUAUUGUAUGUAGUGUACCAUGUUCAUGUUUUGGUAGAUAUGUUCCUGUAAAGUGUUUUGUAUAUUUGUUUUUAAUUUGGAGUUAAAUGAUUUAUUUAUGUCAAAUACAUAUAUUUAUAAUUUGAUUUUAUUUGUCUGAGAAAAAGAAAUUUGAAUUACUGUAGAAGCAGGUGGCAUUCAUGUAACUACAUUUUUCUUUUAGCAUUCGUCAUCACGUUGUUGUGAUCUCCCAUGAAAGUAGAAAUACGCAGACUGUUUUUCCCCCCUCACCCAAAAUGUCCUUUUUCAUGUUUGCCUGUGAUGCCUAAAACCCACUUGUACAGUAGCAAACAACUGGAGCUAACUGAGCAGGUAAAAUAAUUGGAUUUCUUCUGAAAGAAUGGGCAAGUUCCAGUAAAUAUUUAAUAUGCUGAUUGAAGAAUGAAAAUUAGUAUUUGGGGCAUACUACCUGCCAUGUUAUCUUUUUAUUCUUGUUUAAUUAGAAAAAUUAGACCCUGAAAAUGUCAGUGAAGAAAGAAGAAUGUAAAAAUAAUUUUGGGAACAUUUGGGGAUUGAAGAUGUAUCAGAAAUCUCUUGUGUUUUUCAGAAGUAUUGCAUGAACUGAUUAUUACUGUGGUGAACAUUUGUUGAAAUAAAUACCCCAAGAAUUAAAA